AUGAUUUUACUUGGAACUAUAAGGACUACAUUUCGUCUACAAACUAAGGCUCGAGCUAAUUUUCAGUAUAAUAUACUUUCUUUUGUUUUUACUAAACGUACAAAUGUUUCUUCAAGAUUUCAACAAAAGGCACAAAUGAACGAACGUUCUUUUAUGGAACGAUUAAAUGAGGCUUGGGAGAAAACUAAAGUAACCUGGUAUCCUAUUCCGAUUGGAAUAGGAAUAGCUUUCAUUGCAUUUCAACAUACACUUCGCGUUUAUGGCCGUGAAAAGCGAAAAGAACAGGAUACAUCAACUGAAAUUCGACCCAUUAUAGUAGGUCCUUGGCAGGUGCAUGUGAUUGACGCGCUUCCUCUUCGAGCAUUAUCUAGGUUAUGGGGUCGGAUUAAUAACGAAUAUAAUUUGCCUGUGUGGCUUAGAGAGCCUUUUUAUAAGUCUUAUAGCUGGUUUUUUAAAUGUAAUUUGGAGGAAAUUGAAAAUACUGAUUUAAAAAGUUAUCCAAAUUUAGGUUCUUUUUUCUAUAGGUCAUUAAAGCCGGGUAUGAGGCCCAUAGAAAAUGCAACACUUAUUUUUAUCAUUAAUGAUUGUUUAAAGGUAUCACCGGCAGAUGGCAAAGUAUUAAGUUUUGGAUUAGUUAACAAUGGAAAAGUAGAACAAGUGAAAGGAAUAACUUAUUCACUAGAUGCAUUCUUAGGUCGCAAGGAGGGAAAAUAUGAUGUGAUUGAACCGGGGAAACAAAUCGUCGAAGUAGUUACAUCGACUCACAUUGCCGAUGAAAAGGAAUUUGCAAAUGUUAAUGGCAUCACGUAUUCCCUAGAUGCUUUGCUUGGUGAUGAUCCAGUUGAUGCUACAAAACAAGUCAGUAGUGUUGGUGAAGAUGCUUCAGUUCAAUCUGAAGAAAAUAAUUAUAAAAAAGAAAUAGCUGUGGCAAAAAGUGUAAACUUACAUGAAGUUAAGGAAGGAAACGCACUUUAUUUUUGCGUAAUAUACCUUUCUCCUGGAGAUUAUCAUAGGUUUCAUUCUCCAACAAACUGGGUUGUCGAAAAGAGACGACAUUUUGCAGGAGAAUUGUUCUCUGUAUCGCCAUAUAUGUUAAAAAUGUUGCCAGAUUUAUUGGCUUUAAAUGAACGCGUUGCGUUACUUGGAAGAUGGAGAUAUGGAUUUUUUUCAAUGAUUCCAGUUGGGGCGACAAACGUAGGUUCUAUCCGAAUUAAUUUUGAUAAGGCUCUCCGGACUAAUCGAAGAGAAGAUUUGCCGGUUGGAACGUAUACGGAGGUUUCUUAUAAGAAGGCUAGCAAAUUACUUGGCGGACAGCCAUUGAGAACUGGUGAUGAAAUGGGUGGAUUUUGUUUAGGUUCUACUAUAGUUUUGGUGUUUGAAGCACCAUUUAAUUUUAAGUUUUAUAUGAAACCAGGACAAAAGAUCAAAUAUGGACAAAAGAUUGGUGAAGUUUAA